UAUCUCAUUCACGACGGGUCACGCCCGCGCCGCAAAACCUCGUCGCGGGUCUGGACCGACCCUGGCCCAUCCGCCGCACCCGCACCAAGCACCAUACGCCGGCGAUUGGUGCCGCUGCCAAUGGCCACCGCCGCAGCACCAAAAUCCCUCCCGUUCCUCACCACCGCAACCACCAAUUCCACCCGCACCACCCGGCCCUCAGCUGCCCGCUCACACACACCGCGGCCCUCCCCAACCUCUUGUUCCUGCGUCGGACGCCGCGCUCCCGCUCCCGCGGUCGCUGCCUCUCCUCGCUUCGGCAGUGCUUGCAGGGCUCAGUUCCCCCUUCGAUCUCUUCUCCUUCAUCGAGCGGCAGCCUCGCCUUCAGCGGCGGCAGCGGCGGAAGGGAUGUCUGACCCGGAGUUGAGGCUGGUGCUCGAGCUCGCCACCGACGAGGAGCUGCUGGAGUUCGAGGAGAUUCUCUACGGCACCAGCUAUUUUAGUCCAUUGCUAAAAUCAAUUGCAAGAAGACCGAACUCAGAUUCUGUUGUUGUUUUGGAUGAUAUCGAGGAGAGAGAUCUUUUCAUCUCAAAAUUGGAGUCGAGGUUUCUGUAUCUUGCCGCAGAUGCUCGCUCGAUUAUAAGGGGGUGGAGACCAUCUUACAGAGAUGUCUUGCUUGGAGUAAGAAAAAAACUUGGUGUUCAGUGCUCUAGUAAAUUGUCUACUGCAGACCUUGAGGCAGAAAUAUUUCUUCACCUUGUGAAUGAAUAUUCAAGCCAUCAGAAAGACCCAGCUUCAUUUCCUUGGGAUAAACAAAAAUCUCCAAACGAGAUCUCUAGCCUUGGAGUUAACAAGUGGAAGGUGCUUACUGAUGCAGCUUGGAAGAUUGGGGCAAAGGGACUAGAAAGUACCUUUUUAAAGGGUGGUAGUGCGUUGACCGUGAAGACGAUAUAUGAAUCGUUAGCCAGUAGACUAUCUGGAAAGUUGGUGAUGGAGGCUGCAAAUUAUGAGAUAAAGAAAGAACUUGUUAAGCAGGGUGGGCGGUUGGCUGCUGUUAACCUGGAGUCUAGAGCUGGCUUGCUUGCAGCUAGGCAGGGUUUGGCUCGUGCAGCAUCGAGAUAUGCUGGACUUAGGAGUGUCAUGACAUUUCUUGGACCAAUAAUGUGGGGGACUCUCUUGGCUGAUAUUGUGAUUCAAAUGCUGGGGACGGAUUAUGCUAGGAUUGUGCAGGCAAUCUAUGCAAUUGCUCAGAUUCGUCUGACUCGGACAAGUUACAUAGAACCUCAUGAAGAAUGACCAAGUGCGAUCGUUACUCAACUAGCCUAACUGGCAUUCUGAUCUCUAAAUUAUUACCACCCCAUAGUGUACACUCUAACCAUGAAGAUCAUUACCGCGGAUUCGGAUGCACUACUCCACGGGACAAUGAGGUUAGGCUUUCAGACAUUGUAGGACUGCUGCUUCAUGUAAGUGCACAAGACAACAGAGCGAUUACAAGACAGCACAACAGGAAUGGUUUGUGCUUACUGAUAGCUACUUUCUGAAUGCAUAAUUAGAACUUGAUGUACAGCUUAGCAAAGUUACCUAAUUGUGACAAUGGAAAUAUAGUAGUGUUUAACAAAGAGCUCCACAAUGGCCAUUUGGGCGACCUACUCUGUGAACGCGGAAGUUGUGACUGAAUUUACUUCCGCUUCACACUUCCACGGGGCCCCGAAGUUGUAGACCAUGCUUUCCGCUCUGCUCCAGUUGAAUAGUGUAAAAUAUUCCUGCUCUGAUCCUAAACUAUUCCCUCCUAAGGUUCGGUUAGGCAAGGCAUAUCUCAUUGGCAUUACCUGAUGCCACAACCCACGGACAUGCUUGUACAUGAACAACAGGGCGGAAUUUGUAUCUGGGACCUUACAUGUUUCCUAUAUAUGUAAGGGUUACUAAUUCAUGUUCUUCACCUUAUGUGAAUUUUAUCA